AGUCAUUUUCUGCGCUGCACAAAACAUUGUCCACGAUCAGCUGAGCUAAAUCAUGACUCGGAGCUUCCUCAGCCUUAGUCUGAUAGAUACUUGCUGGUUAUCUCUGGCUCUGUGCUUCCUUGUGGCUUUCUGCGUCCACAAAGCUUCAGCCCAGCUUCCGGGAGAGUACCGGAAGUCCAGUCUGUUCUCACUGUUUCAAGAUCUGAUUCGCUACGGGAAAACCAAACAGAAGCUGCACCGAGCGCAAUGGUUGCGAGUGUUUGACGUCCCGAAACGGUGGUUUUGGCACUUUUAUGCCAUCUCUAUUUGCUGGAAUAGUUUCCUCCUGCUGUUGUCUUUCAACGUCAUCUACCAGCUGCAGUCAUACCCGUCCUGGCUGACUCGCAUGUUGGAGGUUUUAACCGGGGAACCCAGUUCUUUUGGCCAAGCCCCGCAGCUGUCCACGGUCCUGGUGCAGCUGCUGCUGUGUGUCCACUCCCUCAGGAGGCUGCUGGAGUGUCAGGUGAUCAGCGUGUUUUCUGAUGGGGCCAUGCAUCUGGUGCAGUACUUGUUUGGCCUGGGGUAUUACAUUGUGCUGGGACUGACUGUGCUUUGCUCGGAUCGCACGGCAAAAGGUCCUGGGACUCUCCUCUCUCGCUCGGAUUGGAUUCGUGCGGCCGGAUUUGUUCUCUUCAUCGCGGCCUCUCUGCUGCAGCAUCAGUCCAUAGUCCUGCUGGCGGGGCUGCGCAAAGGAAAGUCAGGACGAGUGGAGACUCUGGCUCACCUGGUGCCAGAGGGGGGCUGGUUCGAGCUGGUUUCCUGUCCACAUUACUUCGCUGAGCUGCUCAUUUACGUCUCGCUGGGCUUCGCUCUCGGCGGGUUCUCUUUCACCUGGUGGCUGGUGGUCCUUUACGUGCUCUUCAACCAGGCACUGGCUGCACAGCUUUGUCACGACCUUUACGUCGGCAAGUACGAGUCGUACCCAAAGCACAGAAGAGCUUUUAUACCUUUUGUUCUCUGAGCUCUCUGCAACAAUAAAUAGGCAGAUGAUUGGGAUACAAGAUGCAAAUAGUGGACUUUAAAUCAGUGUUGAUAUUACUGUCAGAUCUUGUUUUAUACAUGACAUAGCUUGAAUUUUUUUAUGGUAUGCCGACAUGUUUUUGUUUGUUACAACAUUCCAUAUUAUUGUACAUGAAGUUCAAACUUAUUUAUGAAGAUGUAAAACAACUCCCAUUGAUGUAAAGUGUUUUGCAUUAAAAUAAUAACACACCAAAGAAUGGUAAAAUAUUAAAAUGACAAGAUAAAAAAAAAACUGAGGGUAAAUAAGUUUCCCCUCAUGGGUCCUUCCAGAAAGCGUUGUCCAGGUUGGCUGUCCAGUCGGAGGCCACUAAUAAUCUCUUGGUGCCAUAAAAAUAGCAAACGCCAUAAGAGAAUUUCAAGAGUGCCAUUUAUGCAUAUUGAUGAAGUGGAGUUUUACAUUUCAGGUCAAAACAAAGACAGAGCUGUUUAAAUAAGAGUGAUUUUAGAAAAUGCAUGUGAAAUAAUACAACAGAGGUAUUUUCUGAAGGCUGUUGAAUGCUAACUCUGUCGUCACACUCUUUGAAAAUAGAGCUGUUGGGUCAUUGUGCUCUGAGCUCUCUGCAACAGUAAAUAGGCAGAUGAUUUGCAAUCGGUGGGUAAACGGAGCUCUCCGGAUCGGAUGUCAGUGGCUACUGGAGCUGAACAAACAUUUAUACAAUCAUGGUGGUUUUGGUCCUUCUCAGGCUAAAGCAUCAGACACUCAGAAGAGGCUUUGCAUUCAUAAUGGGUGGGCCAUGUGGACUUCAAAUUUGAUCAUAUUAUUGUUUUUGUUUCUUUUGUUUUUUGUUGUGGCUAUUAAAGUAUAAUCGCACCAGA